UCAACAUCAUCACCAAGUUCACAGCCCCCCACGUCUUCAGGCCACCGGAAAACCAGCACCAGUUUUCCGGCGUCCGGUUCUUGUUACCGUCCUUUCUCAAAUGGCUGCCAAGUUGGGGUUGGUGUUGGUCGUCGCUUGCACACUGUAUGUGCAAACAUAUGCUCAAGCAAACUGCGCCCCGGCACUCACCGGCCUCGUGCCCUGCCUGCCCUACAUCACCGGGAACUCUUCCACGCCUGUACCAAUGUGCUGCACACAGCUCUCUGCUGUAGUCCAGUCCCAGCCUCAGUGUCUCUGCCUGGUCCUUGGGUCCAACGCCGGAAGCACCCUCGGUAUCUCGGUGAACCAGACCCAGGCCCUGGCCCUUCCUAGCGCUUGCAAUGUGAAGACUCCAUCUCCUACCCUCUGCAGCGCUCUUGCAGGAGCACCCACCGGCUCCCCUGCUCCAGCUACGGCACCACCAGCCACAGGCUCUGCCCCAGCCGCCUCACCAGCAGGCACACCACCAGCAAGCACACCAGCAGGAGCCACCACCAAGCCCGCAGCUGCAUCUCCUGGGCCAUCAGCUAGUGGGAGCUCCAUGAACUCUGCUUCGUCUCUGGUGGCUGUCGCUGCCAUCUUCAUCGUCUCGUGUGCUUCAGCACUCGGUGUCUUCUAAAUCGGCGGCCUUGGGAUUGACCGGUUGUUCAUAUUAUUUCUUAUUUUUUUUCCUCUUGGAGUUCAUUGCAUUCUUUUUCUCCAUGGUUCUUUGGGAUCUUUCCUAUGAACCUGUUUGAUCUUGUGAUUGUUGGGGGUUGUGAUUCUUCAUGGAUAAUAAGAUGAUGAUUUGUGGAUUUUGCUAA